AUGUCCGACAUACACGACACAAUGAAAAAUAUACCGGGGGAUGAUGACGCGCAGCUUGCGGCCUUGGGUCACAGACAGGAACUGAGGCGGAAUUUCUCAAUGCUGUCGAUGUUGGGAUUGGCUUUUGCUAUCCUGAAUUCAUGGACUGCUCUGUCCGCCAGUCUAAAUCUGAGUCUUCCCUCGGGUGGGUGUGUGAGUGUUGUCUGGGGCCUUGUCACAGCUGGUAUCUGCAAUUUGUGCAUAGCGGCAUCACUUGCAGAGUUUCUUUCAGCCUAUCCUACGGCGGGUGGGCAGUAUCAUUGGGUCGCAGUCUCAUGGAAAGGGUGGAUGCCAAUUCUGUCCUGGAUUACAGGCUGGGCGAAUGUUUCUGGAUGGCUCGCUUUGACUGCCACUGGCGGACUGCUGGGCAGCACGCUCGUCAUGGGCAUCGUCUCGCUGAUGCAUCCGUUAUUCGAGUUUCAGCGCUGGCAUCAGUUCUUGAUGUAUGUGGCGAUUAACGUUAUCGCCUUCACCAUCAAUGCCUUCAUGAACUCGAUCCUUCCAUUGGUCACGAAGAGUGCCUUUAUAUGGUCUCUCACCGGAUUUGUUGUCAUCUGCAUCACGAUCCUUUCGUGCGCGUCGCCGAAUUAUAGUUCUGGAAAAUUUGUAUUCGGCGAGUUCAUCAACACCACGGGCUGGCCUGACGGGGUUGCUUGGUUGCUUGGACUGCUUCAAGGUGGUCUUGGUCUUACCGGAUUUGACGGUGUUGCACACAUGAUUGAAGAAAUCCCAAACCCCUCUGUCGUCGGUCCCAAAAUUAUGAUCGGUUGUGUCGGCAUUGGUAUCACCACCGGAUUGAUCUUCCUUAUUGUGCUGCUUUUUGUUGUUGGCGAUAUCAACCAGGUCAUCGAGUCUGCUGCCACUCCGCUCCUGCAGAUCUUCAGAAACGCAACGGGGAGCAAUGCGGGCGCAAUCUGUCUUCUUAUGUUCCCUCUUAUCUGCAUCGUGUUUGCGACUACCGCCAUCAUGACGACGAGUAGUCGUAUGAACUAUGCAUUUGCCAGAGAUGGUGGACUUCCAGCGUCCCCUUUCUUCAGCAAAGUGCAUCCGAAGCUCAAUGUGCCUCUCAAUGGGUUAUAUCUGACGAACAUCUCGGUGAUUAUUUUCGGGUGUAUUUUCCUUGGAUCUUCAAGUGCAUUCAAUGCGAUUAUAUCAUCCUCUGUCGUAAUGCUUGAUAUCGCAUAUGGGGUCCCAAUUGCAGUAAACUGCCUCCGGGGCCGCCGGAUGCUCCCCGAAAGACCAUUCGUCCUGCCACACACCCUGGGCUGGAUUGUGAACCUGAUCGCCCUUGCGUAUAUUUCACUUACAACCGUGCUCUUCCUGUUCCCUCCGGAGCUUCCGGUGACGGGUAGCAACAUGAAUUACUGUGUGGCCGCCUUCGGGAUCAUCUUUAUCAUCUCCGCGUUUCAGUGGGUUGUUGAUGGACGUAAGAACUUUACCGGACCGCGGGUAGAUGAGGAGGUUUUGGCGGUUGUUGAGGGAAGUGCGCCUAGUCCUGAAGAGAGUGCUGCCGUUACAGGGCGCAAGGACCAUGGGAAAUAG